UAACCACCCUAAUUUGUCAUUCAUGUCGGCUGCCGAGCGGUCGUAUCGUUCGCUGCCUGAGUGUGUUUAUGGCGUGAUAAAUUAUUAAUUUGUCUAUUUAGUGGUGGAUGUACACCACUCGUAAUUAUAUUAAAUAAUUAGUAUUAAUAAUGUUGCGGUUUAUAUUGGAUAAUUUUUGGAACGAAGAUGUGUGGUUACCGCCUAACACAACAUGGGAAGAUUUGGAGCCCGGGCCCGACAAAGCAGUAGUUUACAAUGACUAUAGGCACCUGCUAUGGCCUUUGCCGCUGGCAUUGGUUCUAAUAAUCCUACGGCAUGUGAUGGAGAAAUACUGGUUUGCCCCAUUCGGCAAGUCGUUAGGCAUUAAGAACACUAGACCAAAGAAGGCACUGAAUAAUUCUAAAUUAGAACUUGCUUAUCAGUCAUCACCUAAAAUUAAACACAAACAGUUCUUUUUGAACAAGGACGAGAUAUGCGCCCUAGCGAAACAACUAGACAUGUCCGAGCGGCAAGUGGAGCGAUGGUGGCGGCUGCGGCGGAGUCAGGACAAGCCUUCCACGCUGGUCAAGUUCUGCGAGAACUGCUGGCGGUGCAGCUUCUACCUGUACAAUUUCUCCUACGGCAUGUUCAUACUGUGGGAUAAGGACUGGCUGUGGGAUAUAGACCAGUGUUAUGUUGGAUAUCCGCACCAGGGCCUGACUAGCGACAUCUGGUGGUACUACAUGAUAUCGUCCGCGUUCUACUGGUCGCUGACGAUCUCCCAGUUCUGGGACGUGCGGCGCAAGGACUUCUGGCAGAUGUUCGUGCACCACAUCGCGACCAUCGCGCUGCUCUCGUUCAGCUGGGUGUGCAACCUGCACAGGAUCGGCACGCUCGUCCUGCUGCUUCACGACUGCGCGGAUAUAUUCCUCGAAGCGGCAAAGGCGACGAAGUACGCCAACUAUCAGAAGCUGUGCGACUUUCUGUUCGCGGUGUUUACGAUAUUGUGGAUACUUACAAGGAAUUUGAUAUAUCCGUUCUAUAUUAUUUGGAGUACGUCGGUGCGUGCGCCGAUGCUCUUGCCGAUGUUCCCCGCGUACUACAUCUUCAACUCGCUGCUGUGUCUGCUGCUGGCGCUGCAUAUGGUCUGGACGUGGCUCAUAGGGCAGGUCGCUUACAAGGCCAUCAGCGUUGGGCAGAUGGAAGGCGACAUCAGGAGUUCUAGUUCUGAGCUAAGUGACAGUUCGCAUCAAUCUAACCACAGCACGCCUAACCGCGUCAAAAGUAAGAAGGAGACAUAGGAACCGAGCGCAGUUGGCGGGCGGGUCGCCUGCCCGACCAAUUCCCUUCCACCACUAGUCUCAGCGACUAUUACAACGCGACGCGGCGGCCGGUACGACAGCGAGGCCACAUCGAAUCUAUAACUCGGUAAUAUCGAUACUUUUAUCGAUAUUUCCAACAACAAUAAAUAUAUUGACUGCGGUACCAAAACAAUAAACUAUCGAAUGUGGCCGCCACUCACGAAAUUGUUUGUCUCGCACAGGCGUUUGGUGGCACGAUGCGAAUGAGUGAGACAGUCUUAGAUAGGAAGACAUCAGUUAUGUGUGUGUGUCGCAUUCGUGUUGCGUCCCAUACUAAAAAAAAGGAUUAAGUGAACCGCAGUAAACGUACUAACGAGAUAAAAACGUCGCAGAAUAUUCUCUGAACAAAUUUGGAGACGAAUGAAUACGGUAUUUCUAAAGAGCUUUUCUUCAACGCGUUCUUGAUAUCACGGUGCUCGAUGCGAGUGAAAAGCUUAUUGCAUUUCCAAUCGUCAGUUAAGACGACGUGUGGCCACGCCAUUAGUGACUUUCAAUAUUUCUCAGCCUUAAUUCCUUCUCUAGUAUAAGAUAGUUAAGUCGGGUUUUUUGUAAUGUUUACAUUGGCAGUUAAAUAGUUAUUUGCCUCGAAUGCUCGUUAAUGGUUUGUUAGAGUAAAAUAUGAUAUCAAUUAUUCCGUAAACUUGAAUACUCAAAUAUCGCCACAAAAAUAACUUUUAAUAGAAAAUUGUCUUGAAUCACAUUAUUUAAUUGCCAAUGUAAGGUAUACCUGGAAUGGGUAUGUCCGUUUGCGUAAAUGGUGCGAUUAUGUUUUUUUUCCUCUAAACUAUCGAUUUUGAUAGUUGGAUAAUGAGUACAUUGUAUCAUUAAUUUCUUAUGAAACGGUUCUAUUCUAUAAUAUUUAAACUAUGACAGUAAAACGCUUUAAAUAAUCGACAUAUCAAAAGAUAGUUGUGUCGAUAAAAGUUGUCGAUAAUUGCUGAUGUGCAUUUAUCGAUAUUUGCAUUUCGAUGUGUUCGAUAAACAUAGUUUUUAUUUUGAAGUAUUAAUGAGUACUUAGGGUAUGAGUAAGUUCUCUCGUGUUGCCGUUCAUAGAUAUAGCGACACAUCUAUCCUUUUUCGACAAAACUUCUUGUAAGUAUUACACGUUUUUGUUAAUGGUAGUGUUGAUCCACGUGAGUGUAUUUUCCUUAUUAAAAUUGGUUGUAUUUUUGCUAGAUAUGCUGACCAAAGUUUUUCCUAAUUUCAUUGCCAUAAUAUAUUGUUUUUUUUUAGUAUAAUAGUGAUUUGGGUAAUCUUAUUGGUUCCUGGAAUUAUUUAUGUGGGCGCAAAUUUUACAAUGGGUGACAAUAUUUUUAUUUGUUUUUAAAUUUAUAAAUGCGUUAGUAGGUGCACAAAACAUGAGGCUAAUAAUAUUUAUUAAUCUAAAAUUAUUACCAAUACUAUAUGGAAUAUACAAAGUUAAUUCCUUUGGCUUGUUAUUAAAAAUUUUACCAUUUUAAUUAUUAUUAAAAUAUUACUUAAAUUACACGAUACAAUGUAUCGAUUAAUUAACAUAAGUUAUUGUAUAAUGUUCCUCGUUAAGUGAGUUAUCAAACAGUGUGUAACUUUAUGUCAUAAUCAUACUUUUAUGUGUUUGAAAAUUUGUUCGACCAAACCUAAAAUUACUUAAGGACGCGCACUAAUAGGCUAUGUAUGCUUUAGAUUGUAAAAUGUAUUCUAUGUUAUAAAAAUUAAAGUUCCUUUAUCAAUGAAACUAGAGACGGCUGGGAAGAGUAUAGUGUGAGAGUAAAGUUUCUAGCUCUUUUCUUAUGGCUGAUGUCAAUAAAUAACUCCAAUCGCUACUUGAUCCACUAUAAAAUAUAUCAAUCAGAAUAAAAAUUGUUUGUCAUAUUUAUCGAAGCCUUAUAUGAUUGAUUCAUGUUUACCAUUGAUCUGAAGUAAGCCAUUGGUAUCGUUUAUUGUAAUCCGUGAAGAGAAUAUUCAAUCAACAAGUUGUAUGUCUUAACUUCCUCCUUUUUGAUAGUUAUUUAAAACCUUUAUUCACUACACAAAUGCCAAGUACACAAAUUAUUUGGGGACCAUAAUUGUCGAUGACGUAUUAUAAUACAUAGAUUCGUUCCCGCGAUGUCACAAAGUACAUUAAUUAAUAAGUCUCAAUCCAAAAGUAUUAUUUUAUUUACACUGGAAAGUUUAAUAAGUAAUAUAAGUCCGAAAAUACUUAUGAACGUUUAGAUGUAGAAAUUAAAUAUUUUGGAUCUUUCGCGUGGUUUUUAGAAGAGAAUCGUGACAGUAUUUAAUUUAUGUUAUUUUACGUGCAUUGUAGUAUCGACUCCUUAGAAAAUUUGGUCACUUACUGAAUUUGUAGGAGGUCCCGUUUACUUAAUUAAACGGUAAUAUACAAUAAUGUUUCAAUAUAUUUAUUUUCUGCAUAUACCAUAUGCUUUUAGCAUAAAAUACAGUUUGAGAACGCGCGUAUUGAUCCAAAUUGUUUGACAUUUUUAAAUGCAGCUGGAAGGAUUUGUAGUCACGGAAUAAAAAUAUUUGUAUAUUUCCCGCACGAUACUCUAUAUAUAGUAGCGCUUGUCUAUAGUUUUUUUUUAUUAACACCAGUCGCGUGGAUGUUCUACCUUAGCAAAAUUCCCUUGAAUAAGCAAGCAAUAAUAUUUUUUUUUGUUUCAUUCAAUAGCUCCACACUUCUACUUAAAAGCUGUUUAGUCAAUCACUAUAAUUUAUUAGUAUCUACGUUUAGCAUCUAGUUCGUCACAAUUAGUUUAAAAUUAAAUCGGAUGUAAGUAACUUACCAGAAAUUUUGAAUAUAUCUAUAAUUGUUGACACCGUAAGUGUUAUUUGGUUCAUUUUUUUUUGUUUAAUAUUUAUGUCGUUGUCGAUGUUCAUUUGUAUCAAAUCGGUUUAGCAUAAGAUACAGUGGAAAUUAAAUAAUUUUAAUAUUUAUUUUUUUGGUCUGUUUUCGCGAUCUAUCCUAAUAUUGGAUAAAUAUUGUUUAUUCUCACAUGUCUAUGGUAAAACAAGGAACACAAUGAAGAUCCGCGGAUUUGAUACGUCAACGACAUAAAAUACAAAGAGAAAAGGACCAGUUAUUAUGUGUUAAAGGUUUUGUACACCGUGUUAACAAAUGCGAGUUUUAUCGUACGUUUGUGUGUUGUUGUAUAUCUCUACAUUUGUACGUGUUAUGCGAAUAACUGAGAAAUUAUUUUGCUAUUUAAUACAUUCAAUAAUACUAAAUUGCAAUUUCAAAGUAUACCAUGAGGUUCAAAGGCACUCUUCGUUACCGCGAGUAUGAACUUUAUUUUCUACGCAACAAAACUCAAAUCAACCGCAUUUCCCUAGGCGUCUGUGCCCGUUGUUUUCCUAUUUAAUUUCAAAUGUAAAGCUUGAUACCUAUAGUUCAAUUUGCAGUAAAUAUGCUGUUUAUGAAGAUUUGCACGCGUUUGCUGUACACGAAGAAAGUCGAUAAUUGUUUUGAAUUUAUAUAUUAUGGUAAAUUGAAACAUAUCAAAUCCAGUUAUAAUAUAUCCGACAUAAAUAUUGUCUAUGGUAAUCUUUAUGUUCACCAAAAAUCGAUGAUGUGGUUUUGAUUGCUGCGUUAUAGUUUCGUUUAUAGUAAUUUAGUCCGAGUUAUUCGCAUAUAAAUUGUUUAUUAAAAUUAUAAUAAUGUUAAUUGAGAACGAUCAAACAUUUCAUAUCAGUCGACAUAGUAUAUGUAUCGCACGUUUGAAGUAAAUAAUAUAUUUAUUAUAAUAGCUUAUAAUGUUCAAUUUAUACCCAAAGAUGCUUAUAGGAGCUUGCAAUGCGAUGGCUCUGUUCGUGUUACUUAGUUCAAGAAAAUUAUUAAUUUUAUAUUUAUUUGGUGCUACAUAUGUAUUUAACUAUGUAUUAAUUUAAUAUCCUACCACUUAACAUUUUUUAAUUAUAGCCAAUUAAAGUAAAAAGGGUCGCAGAACCAACAAUAGUUGUUCAAUUAUUUACACAACUUAUUUUACUCGUGGAAUAAAUUUAAUGAUCAAUAUAUAUUAGUAAAAAUGUUGGUAAAGCAUAAUUAUGUAUUUAUAUCGUUGGCUCACUUUGACAAGGUUUGAUGUCAUAUUUGAUGUACAAAUUGAAUUUAUUACAUUAUUCUUAGUAUUUCUCAAUGAAAAUUUCCAAUAAUCUCUAAAGAUUAAUAAAGGUAGAACGAAGAAUAUUUUUUUAUAAUUUUCACCAACAUAUUUAAAAUCUCAUUUUUGCAUAAUUAAAAUUAACGUACGACAAUGAUGUAUGAUUCCGCUAAUUUUAGACAUUAAAAUAAAUCUAUUUUUCGAAUUUUAUCGCGGAUUAUAUUAUAAUUUCCUCCCGAAGUUUUGAAGACUUAUGGUUCGCGGUCAUGUCAACAAUAGUCAAAAAAUUAUUUCAAUUAUUAACACGGGACCUUGUCAUAGUGAGCCAGCGAUGAAUUUGCUGAUAGUACGAUAUAUUUAAAGGUGCAAUAUGGAUUACUAGUUAGCCUUUUGUUUUAUAUUAUAUAUUGUUGCACUAAGUAACACUUUGGAGGGUCCGCCUUAUAUUAAAUAAGUAAAUAGUAAGUUAUACUGUACAGGUAGUCUUGAGACUACGAUUUUCCCCUAAAUAUAUUAGCUAUAAUUAAUGACGUAACAUAGUUAUUGUAAAAUCGCAAUUUUAAUUUAUCGAACAACCUUUUUCGUUUUGUUGACCUUUUAGUGAACAAUGUUUGUUUCUUUAAAUUUUGUAAUAAUAAUGACAAUGAAAUGAAACUAUUUUUCAGAUUUUAUCGCGCUUUUUUUAUAUGAGGGGGGGGGGGGGGCUCUUACUAUGAUCUUGACUAUGCACUCCGAAACGUCGCGCGUCGAGAGAAAAUCAUAAUAUAAAAAAAACGCCAUAAAAUCCGAAAAAUUGUUUCAUUUCAAUGUCUUUAAUUCAUAAACAUAGGAAUUCAUUAUAAUAAUAUUUCAGUGGCAAUUGAAUAUGGAAUUACAUCCAUAAUACUUACCAUAAUAUUUUAUUCUUCAAAAUAAACCAUGUCAAUUUAUCUCUAGGUUUAAAAGUCUUACGCGUUAAGUUUCUAUGUUUAAAAGUACGCAUAUAUUUUCUCGAAAAGUAUAGUCUCGAAAUCGUGUAGCGUUUUUAUUCGAUUCUCUUUAGCUCUAUGAGAAUUUUAAUCAAUAUAUUAUUUCGAGAAAAUCUUUGCCCUGGUUGUGUUACUAUUAUGUUACCUUAUAAUAGUUAACCCGUGUGUACGGUGUGUUUUGUGUUAUGAAAUAUUAUGUUGUUCCGUAAAAAUAUAUUUUAUUACAAAAUUAAUUUUAUAUACAAAUACUUUCCUUUCAUCUGAAAAGUCUAGGCCAUCUUCUAAUCGAGUUGAGUUAUACUUCUUUUAAAAGUAUGAGACCAUUUACGAUUACAGAUUUAUUUAGUAUGACGUAAAAUAACAUUAAAUUACAUAAAUUUUCGAGUAAUUCACGUAUUAGGAUAAUUUGGUGCCUUUUAUUCAUCUUUUAUUGUAGAUGUUUAAGACGAGUCCGUGUGUAUCACAUAAUAUAGAAAUUGUUAUGCAAAGAACUUUAAUUACAUUAAGGUAAAUUAACGAUGUUCGAUGUAGUUUGUCCGUACAUUAUAAGGGCCGUGGGCCCUAUUCCGUCUACGGGGGUAUUUCCGUCUUUUUUGCAAUUAGGGGCAUUUUAUUCGAAGGAAUCGAUAGCUGUUUAGAUAGGAGAGUAAAAAAUCCCCUAUGUAUCUAUCCGGCCAUCAAAGUUGUAUUGAACGUCCGUCAUUGCUAAAAGACGGAUAUACCCUCGUAGAUGGAAUAGGCCCCAUGGGCUUACAUGAGCGUAGUAAAAUAGCAAUGAUUCGGGUUCGCUCAGGCAGAUGCAGUAGUGACGCAAAUUAUUGGCAACGCGUGCAUUGUUUGUUAUUUAUAAAAAAUGAAAUCGAUUCAAAUCAUUGGUCAUUGAGCACAAACAGUUUCAUAAAAAUCCUUUGUUUGUACUUCGUGAGUAUUCUAUCCACUGAAACAUUGGCGAUAAAAGUCAUAACAAAUAAAUCAGGCCAUCAGAUUGACUCAAUGAUCAAACGUAAAAUUAAAUUGAAACGAAACAGGAGUUUGAUGUUACACACCACACAGGGCUACUCCUCCUUGAGCGAUAUCCUUAUGUAAACACCAACAUAAUUGCAAAUAAUAAUUUCAAUUGUCAUGAGAAUAACUUUUUUAUACUUUCUCAUUUUAUUUAACCAUAGAAUAUACAUGUGUAACAAAUUCUAUAUGUUAUGAAUCGAUUAUGUUCAUACGAUGAUCUCUGUCGCGAACGUUGUAAAAUAAUAUAUUUUUUUAUUUUAAAAUUGUUUUUCUUUUUUUUUACUUUCACAAUUGUUAAAUAAAUGAAUGCAAAAUAAAACGUA